AUGACUCAGUCUGAGGGUUCCUCGCCUUCUGGCAGAGAAGUGAUCCAAGAGCAUGAGCCAGACUACUAUUACCCUUAUUCUGUCUUUUCUUCUGAACAGUCAAGUCAACAGAUCAUAGCAGGGUGUCUCCAUACUGGACGCUCUGAACCUGGCACCAAAAAAGACGGUUUGAAAUGCAGUUUUCAGGCAUAUAAGAGGUCCGACGAUGUGCCAUGCUACUCGAAUGAAGCCGGAUUUUCAGAGAAGAAAAGAAGCUCCUUGAACUUGGAUACAUUCAGGACUACGAAGACGGAGACCACAGCUUCGACAUCACCUCAGUCGGAUCUCAGCCGUCCCCAACCUCCAUCGUCAUCUUCGUCAUUUAGCACUCCAGCUCCUAAGCAAGCGCCGCUGAACCUCGCCUCUAUCUCCCUGAAGGGUCUAUUUCGUCGUUUAGAUACUGAUGACAUACACAAGUCGGCUUCGCGGUCGGCUCUCAACAUCUCCACUAAGAACGCCACCAACAGCAUCAGCGAUCAGUGCGAGCUAUCGUCUUCGCGCAUAGUGAAGGAGACAGGUCGUCACCUUGCUUCUCGUUCAGAAAGCUCUCUGAUUCUCGUUGAAUCUCGCACAUGUGGCACAAUGCCUGACCAAUUGGAGAUACCAAAAUUUCCCAUUCCAGUGGACGGGAAAGGCAAGUCUCCGAUUGGAGAUGCAACUCUUCCCGAGGCUUUCAUCGUUGAUAGCUGCAAACUUAGUGACGAAUUUGUCGGCACCAGUUUCAUUCCUGGCUUGCGGGGCAAGAUCAUUGGUAAAGGUGUCACGGCUACUGUCAAAUUAAUGCACGGAAAAGGUCCCGGAAAGCAGCAUUAUUAUGCGGUGAAGGAAUUUCGCAAAGGUCGCAAGGAGAGCCUGCAAGCUUACGACAGAAAGGUCAAACUCGAGUUCAGCAUUGCCAAGAGCUUGCAUCAUCCUAAUAUUGUGGAGACUGUUCGUCUUUGCUCCCACGCAGGCCGUUGGUCUCAUAUUAUGGAAUACUGCAGUCAAGGGGACUUGUUUACAAUCGUCCAACAACGAUAUCUUUCAUUCGAAAGUCAAAUAUGUCUGAUGAAACAACUCUUCCAAGGCGUCGCAUAUUUACAUAGCAUUGGAAUUGCGCACCGCGAUAUCAAGUUGGAAAAUUUGCUCUUGACAGGAGACAGUCAUUUAAAGAUCACCGACUUUGGGUGCGCCAGAGUCUUCAGUGAGCUCCAUCCAGGUUUGCCAUCGAAUGACGGAGGAUGUGCGACAGUAUCUGGCAAGAUUCGCAAAUGUGGCCCUGGUGUUUGUGGCAGCCUACCGUAUAUUGCACCAGAAGUUCUGGCAGAAGACCGAAGCUACGACGCACGCUUGCUGGACAUAUGGUCUUGUGCCAUCGUCUGCCUUGCCAUGCUUCACUGCGGUACGCCAUGGGGAGCCGCAGAAGAGAAGGACCCUGGCUAUUCUCGCUAUCUCAAAUGGUGGGAAGAGUUCUCGACAAGAGAACCGGAUGGAAUUAUCACAGGUGAUGUGUAUCCUAAAACCGGAAAAUUCUUCUCGGAUCUUCGCACAAAAGCUCUUCGGCGUCUUAUUCUACGGAUGCUCCAUCCCAUCCCAGAGAGACGGGCUACCAUUUGCGAUGUGAUGAAGGAUCGCUGGGUCAAGAGGAUUGAAUGUUGCUGCCCUGAACCAGGCAAGCCUUCCAAUUGCUUUGAGGAAGUUGCCGGCGUGGUUUAUCCAAAGGUUCACAAUCAUCUGCCCCCGGUGAAGAAAGGCUUCUUCCAGCGCUAUAUCUAG